AUGCGCUCAGAUGCGCUGAUGCGGGGACGAGUCACUGUCAUCCCGAUCUCCCAGCGUGUGGAGCAGAGCCAGAGCCAACUUCAGGCCAUUGAGGAAAGGGUCUCCUUGGCCCAGGCCAAGAUAGAGAAGAUCAAAGGCAGUAAGAAGGCCAUUAAGGUGUUCUCCAGUGCCAAUUACCCAGCUCCCGAGCACCUGCGGGAGUAUGGCUCCAUCUUCACGGGGGCCCAGGACCCCGGCCUGCAGAGAUGCCCCCGCCACAGGAUCCUGAGCAAGCACCAGCCCCUGGACAAGCGGGCCCUGCAGGAGAAGCUGAAAUACUUCUCGUGUGUGACCACCAGGCUGGAACCCAAGGAUGAGACCGAGGAGGACCUGGGGGGUCUUCCCAACAACAUCAGCUCAGUCAGCUCCCUGCUGCUGUUCAACACCACCGAAAACCUGUACAAAAAGUACGUCUUCCUGGACCCCCUGGCCGGCGCGGUCACCAGGACCCACGUGUCGCUGGGCACCCAGACGGAGGAGAGGCCAGUCGACGCGCUGCUCUCCAUCAGCAAGAGGGAGCAGCUGGAGCGGCAGGCCCGCGAGAGCUACUUCUACGUGCCCGACCUGGGCCAGGUGCCCGAGAUCGACGUGCCGUCCGACCUGCCGGGCAUGGCCGACGACCUCGCCUACAGCGCCGACCUGGGCCCGGGCAUCGCGCCAUCGGCGCCGGGCACCAUCCCUGAGCUGCCCGCGUUCGCCAUGGAGCUGGAGGUGCUCGCCAAGCCCGGGGAAGCCGGGGGCCGGGUGGGGAUGGGCUCCUCGGCGCCCCCCGCCCCCUUCCCGGCGCUGCCGCCGCCGCCACCGCCGCUGGCCCCGGCCAUGCUGGUCAGCGCCCCCCCCCCCGCCCCCGCUGCCCCCCCCAGGAGGCCGCCACGGAGGACGCGGGCAGCGCGGGGCCCCAGGCAGGUAGGAGCAGUGACCCUCGGCUCUCCUGCCCCGCCGGUCCAGGGAGCCCCCAAGGAAGUCAUGGACCCGUCUAGUGGCCGGGCCGCUCUGCUCGAGUCCAUCCGCCAGGCUGGGGGUAUUGGCAGGGCCAAGCUGCACAGCGUCAAGGAGCACAAGCUGGAGAAGAAGAAUCAGAAAGAGCAGGAACAAGCGAGGGCCACCAGCCACGGCGGGGACCAGAUGUCAGAUCUCUUCAACAAGCUGGCCAUGAGGCGCAAAGGUAUUUUCGGGAAAGGACCUGGGGCAGGGGCCAGCGAGGGGCCAGGUGGAACCUUCGCCCAAAUGUCAGACUCCAUCCCGCCUCUGCCACCCGCACGGCCGCCCCCAGGAGAGGGAGAGGAGGAUGAGAAUGACUGGGAAACCUACUCUGGUGCCCCACACCCAGGCUCAGGCUAG